AUGAAGAAAUCUUGUAAGAAAUUGGAGGAUAAGCUCAAGAAAGUGGAUGUUGAAUUAUCUUCAGAAGUUGGCUAUAGUUCUACACCUCGUAAAAAGAAUGUUAGUAGAAAAACAAAUGUGGACUUGAAGGAAAGAAGGCCAGCCAAAUCACAGUAUUCCAAGAAGAGAAAGAAUAAGAAUUCUCAGUGCAACCCAAAAAAUUCACCUUCUUUCUCAGUUUUUUAUGAAGCUCAACAUUAUCAGAUGCAAACAGUAGCCACUCCAUCAGCAUCAGAAGUUUUGCCGGUGCUGCAAUUUUCAAACAAACCUAUACCGCAUUCUAAAAAUGGAGAGCUCAAGGCAAUCACUGACGAACAUGACCACCACAAAACGACGAAGGAAGAGAGUUCUUACAACAUAAAAUUGGUCGAAAAUGUCUAUAAUUUGACAGAAGAUGAUCUAAAGGAGUCUUGUUGGGUACCCAGUCGAGUGUUGAAGUUUGAAGAUUUUGAAGAGAUAUGUGUUCAUCAUGGGCAACAAAUAUUUGAGUUAUUGCUGAAUCAAGUUGUUGAUGAACUUGUGCUGCUUCACAGGAGAAAGAAAUUCCUUUCCCAUGCAUGUUAA